AUGCGUUAUAGUGAAUUUUCUCAGAGGGAGGAGAUCAAUCAGCAAAAGCUUCGAAAGGUGGUCUCGGAUGUGUCCAAUGAAAUAGACAAAUACUAUAAUAGCUUGGAGCUGGAGAGACAAUUUGCUGCCAUUGAAGAAGUGGAACAAGCUGAAUGCCAGUGUUGUGGGUUAAAGGAGGAGUGUACCACAGUUUAUAUCACAGAGGUUAAAAAAUGUUAUAGUGGAAAGUGGGUGUGUGGGCUUUGUUCUGAAGCUGUUAAAGAAAGAGUAGGGCAAAGUCCUAAAGUAGCCAUGCAAGAUGCUUUGAACUCUCACAGGGAAUUCUGCCAAGAAUAUAACGCCACGACUAGACUUAAUCCCAAACUCUCAUUAACUCAUUGUAUGAGGGAAAUAGCCAAAAGAAGUUUGGAGAAUAGGAAAACUAAGGGGUUAAGCAUAUCAAAGCUCAAUCGAACCACUAGUUACCCCUGA